AUGGCACGCCGACCACAGCGUUCUCGGGAGCCCCUCCCAAAUGGUGUCUCAGGUCAAGUCCCCAACGGCAUUCCUCGCAAUGAAGAGCCCGCUCAUGGCGCCUCAUCCACAGUCCGAACUCGCUCCGCAACUCUCAGUGAGAGUGAGAUCAGCGUCCUAGACAUUGGUCCCAGCCUGCACUCUACUCAAAACAUCACUACCAAUACCACCACCACCACGACUACUACUACGACGACUACACUUCGCCGCACAAGUGACUCCCAAUUUGAAGUCAUGCCCGCUGAGUCUCCCAAUUUGACCACGGGUCCCGACAGCGAUGGUCUGUGGAGAGAACACCCCUCUCGACUCAACCUCCAGACCGAUGAUAUUGACUCUGUCGCCAUCACCUCUACCUCUGGCUUCGUCGAAACCGGAGUCCCGCUACACGAGCGCACACGUCGCCAUGCUCAACUCAACCUUCCUCGUCCUGGCCCUCGUCGGUUUCAACUUCCUCCCGAUGAUGGAGAGAUUUCUCCCGGUGAUCCUGGUUUCUUUGGAUACGGAUACGGCUUUUCUGGCUUUGCCCCUGCUCAAUUCACUGACGAGCCUGACCGCCAUAUCCACCCACUGUCUGUUCCACAUUCCCCCAACUCACCAUCUGGCCUGAACCGACCACCCCUGUCACGCUCACAGAGCUCUUUUGGGGGAAUGGAGCCCGAAUUUGCGGCUAUGCAAAACGCACAGAGACUGAGGACGGCUCGAGCUGCAAAGGAAUCCGAGACGUCUCCUGGUGAUGCAGCCCAAAAUGGAUCUGAUGAGGAGGACCUUUGA